CCUCGUCUCCUCCCCGCCGCUCCGGCCUCGGAGCUCAGUCCGCGCAGUAACAAAUGAAGUGCGCGCUGCGACACCUCCCAGCUCCCCCUGCCCCGCCGCCAUUUCGUCGCCGGGCCUAACGGUUCGGCCAAUCCCGACACGCAUCGAAAAGGACUAGCGCUCCACCAAUCGGAGGCCGCCGACUCCGACCUCACCUCGGGCCGGCCCAAUCCGGGCCCCGGGCCCGCCGCCCCCAGCCCGCCCCCGCCGCAUCCUCUCUCCUCCCUCUUUGUGCGUCUGGCGCCGCCGCCGCCCGCCGCGUGAGAGGACUGGCUCCCCGCGCUCCUCGGCAGCGUCGUCGGGUCCCCUCCCCCCCGGAAGGUUCGCGAAGGAGCAGCCGCCGCCGAGGACGAGGAACCGCUGGUGCCGGUCCCCUGGGGCGCCAUGGCGACCGGAGCGAACGCCACGCCGCUGGAUUUCCCAAGUAAGAAGAGGAAGAGGAGCCGUUGGAACCAAGACACAAUGGAACAGAAGACAGUGAUUCCAGGCAUGCCUACAGUUAUCCCCCCUGGACUGACUCGGGAACAAGAAAGAGCUUAUAUAGUGCAACUACAGAUAGAAGACCUGACUCGUAAACUGCGCACAGGAGACCUGGGCAUCCCCCCUAACCCUGAGGACAGGUCCCCUUCCCCUGAACCAAUCUACAACAGCGAGGGGAAGCGGCUUAAUACUCGAGAGUUCCGUACUCGAAAAAAGCUGGAAGAGGAGCGGCACACCCUCAUCACAGAGAUGGUUGCUCUCAACCCGGACUUUAAACCACCUGCGGAUUACAAGCCUCCAGCAACACGCGUGAGUGAUAAAGUGAUGAUCCCCCAAGAUGAGUAUCCAGAAAUCAAUUUUGUGGGGCUCUUAAUUGGGCCCAGAGGGAACACCCUGAAGAACAUUGAGAAGGAGUGCAAUGCCAAGAUCAUGAUACGGGGGAAAGGAUCUGUGAAAGAAGGGAAAGUGGGGCGCAAAGAUGGUCAGAUGUUGCCAGGGGAGGAUGAACCUCUUCAUGCUCUAGUCACUGCCAAUACAAUGGAGAAUGUCAAAAAGGCAGUAGAGCAGAUCAGAAACAUCCUGAAGCAGGGUAUUGAGACCCCAGAGGACCAGAAUGAUCUACGGAAGAUGCAGCUUCGAGAGUUGGCUCGCUUGAAUGGUACUCUACGGGAAGAUGAUAACAGGAUCUUAAGACCGUGGCAGAGCUCAGAGACACGCAGCAUUACCAAUACAACCGUGUGUACCAAGUGUGGAGGGGCUGGCCAUAUUGCCUCUGAUUGCAAAUUUCAGAGGCCUGGCGACCCUCAGUCAGCUCAGGAUAAAGCACGGAUGGAUAAAGAAUAUUUGUCCCUUAUGGCUGAGCUAGGGGAAGCUCCUGUCCCUGCAUCUGUGGGCUCCACCUCUGGACCUGCCACCACACCCCUGGCCAGUGCACCAAGACCUGCUGCUCCUGCCAGCAACCCACCACCACCGUCUCUCAUGUCUACAACGCAGAGUCGCCCACCCUGGAUGAAUUCUGGUCCUUCAGAGAAUCGGCCCUACCAUGGCAUGCAUGGAGGUGGCCCUGGUGGGCCUGGAGGUGGCCCCCACAGCUUCCCACACCCAUUACCUAGCCUGACAGGUGGGCAUGGUGGACAUCCCAUGCAGCACAACCCAAAUGGACCACCACCACCUUGGAUGCAGCCACCACCACCACCAAUGAACCAGGGCCCCCAUCCACCUGGGCACCAUGGCCCUCCUCCAAUGGAUCAGUACCUGGGAAGUACGCCUGUGGGCUCUGGGGUCUAUCGCCUGCAUCAAGGAAAAGGUAUGAUGCCGCCGCCGCCUAUGGGCAUGAUGCCGCCGCCUCCGCCACCUCCCAGUGGGCAGCCCCCGCCUCCUCCCUCUGGCCCUCUUCCUCCAUGGCAGCAGCAGCAGCAGCAGCCUCCACCACCCCCUCCGCCCAGCAGCAGUAUGGCUUCCAGCACCCCCUUGCCAUGGCAGCAAAAUACGACGACUACCACCACGAGCGCUGGCACAGGGUCCAUCCCGCCAUGGCAACAGCAGCAGGCGGCUGCCGCAGCUUCUCCAGGAGCCCCUCAGAUGCAAGGCAACCCCACUAUGGUGCCCCUGCCCCCCGGGGUCCAGCCGCCUCUGCCGCCCGGGGCCCCUCCCCCUCCGCCGCCUCCGCCACCUGGUUCCGCCGGCAUGAUGAUCCCUCCCCGCGGCGGCAGCGAUGGCCCGAGCCAUGAGAGUGAGGACUUUCCGCGCCCAUUGGUGACUCUUCCAGGCAGACAGCCUCAGCAGCGCCCCUGGUGGACAGGAUGGUUCGGCAAAGCAGCCUGAGUUAUUUUUGUGGACGGAAUCGGAACACGCUGGCUCCAUAUCGUGAAA